AUGUCCUCAAGUCCCCUCGGCUCAUCAUCAACCUCUCUCUGGUCGACCUGCGCCGCCGUCGCGCUCGCGAGUGGUGCGAUCGGUUAUGCAAGUCCGAUUCACAGAGAUCGGUCGGAGCACCAGCUCAUUGUUUGAUCAUGUCGUAUUCAUCAGGUCAUCGGUUUGGGCGCUUCACUGCCGCUCUCCGUACGUCGUUCCUUCACUCCGCCGAGCUCGACGGCCGGGCUUUCGCAGUCAACCCCACUUACCCGGAUGUCGUCUCUCUUCACAGAGAGGGGGUAAACUGUCCUACCCGACAGCAAAAGACGAGGAAACAGAAGACGAAGAAGAUGAUGACUCAGGGGAUGAAGUCAACCUCACUGAUUUGGCCACCGUCAAGGCGAAGGGGGACGAGCCUUGCAAACUGGUCCGUGCACUCUGCCGGCAUCAGCUUCGGACUUCGGGAGAACUACCACUUACCCUACUUCAGCGUUGCAGGUCCUCGUCGUACGAACGGAUCUGCAAAUGACCAAAGGCAAGAUCGCUGCUCAAUGCGGGUAAGGUUCCAUCGCAGAAGCAAGGGCCGAGCUCGGCAAGAAAAAUCUCUUACUCACCCAUUAAAUCCCUCUCGUUAGCCACGCCACAUUAGCAUGCUACAAAUCCGUCAUCAAGGGGAAUCCAGAUGUGGGUCCAUGUAGACAAGAUUCUUACUCGAUCAUUCACUCACGAGUCGUAGUACGUCGACAUCUUCCCCACAGCUCGUACGGCAUUGGGAAAGGACAGGGUGGGCGACCUCUUCAACGCCUGGUGCGGAGCCUCGGUCAAGUCAAGCUCACACCUUGCAUCGCCUGGAUCCACAGACAAGCCAAAAUUGCCGUCAAGUGCGAUUCGGAAGAAGAAUUGCUCAUCCUCCAAGCCACCGCCAAAUCGCUCGGCAUUUGUGCACGCUCGAUCCAGGACGCGUUAGUGAUGUUUGCACCGCUCCAUCUGUUGAAAGCUAGAUUACGGAACCUCUGACGCUUUGAUAUACUGAAUUCAACAGAGGUCGCACACAAGUCGCUUCGGGGAGUACGACCGUGCUCGGCAUCGGUCCCGCCCCGGUUCAGCUCGUGAACCAAGUCACGCAGCAUCUCAAACUGUUGUAA